AUGGCUAUCAAUCCGACAGAAAGCGAAUUCUUGCGUCCUCCAAGCGACCAAGAAUAUCCCCCGGUCUACCGCCAACCCUCUCACUAUAACCCUCUCGAUACCUUCAAACUGCCCUCCGGCCAGGAGCGCCACUAUCAGCAACAAUAUGGCGAUAUGUAUUUCUUGCGACUGGCGAAGCUGAAACCCGCGGUGGAAAAAGUGGCAGUGGAUGCGUGGGAAGGCUUCAGUAUCGCCGGUGAACGAGCACGUCGUGUAGACCGCGUGCUCGAUGUCAGGCAAGGUGAACUCUGUUGGGUGGCGGGGACAAUCUACAUGGACAUGCCGCUGAAGCCAAAUAUUCUGGACGACCUGACCAAGGAAAACUUCACAUUAGCCCCCCCGCCCCGUCGUACCUAUCUCGAUCCCGCCCACCCUGAGUUGACACAGAUCAUGUUGGAAGAUGAAUCCGGCCGCCUACGCCUAACGGGGAGUAUGUUACAGUCCACGCAACUAGCGACGGGUGCAAUCAUUGCGGUCCUAGGGACUGAGAACGCCAAUGGUGAUUUUGAAGCCAUCGAUAUCAAAGUUCCGGAUCUGGCUCCGCAGCCGCAGCGGUGGGAACGCGAUACAACACAGGCGUCGCAAAAGACUCCAGCAAAAGGCAAGAUCGCGUUCGUGAGCGGACUCGGGAUCACGGGAAACUCCGGUGACACGAUUGCGCUCGAUCUCUUGACGGAUUACCUGCUUGGCUAUAUGGAUUCCCCAAGUAUUGGCGACAACGAUCGUACAACUUCCGAUGCCUCCAAGAUCACCCGGCUUGUCAUCGCGGGAAACUCCAUUGGAACGAGCAUGACCGUCGAUGCAAACGACAACGGGAGCGGCCCAAAGAAGAAGAAUGCUCCCAAGAAGUACGGUUACGACGCCUCUGCAUACAAUGCCUCCCCAAUCACACAGCUAGACUCCUUCCUCGCUGAAAUCCUUCCGAGUAUACCUGUUACCCUCAUGCCGGGUGCGAGCGAUCCGGCAAACUUUUCGCUCCCUCAACAGGGCAUUCAUCGGGCCAUGUUUCCCCAAGCUAGGGCCUACUGCGCUCCACCUCCGACUGCAGGACAGGCACCAGAGCCGGGCUGGUUCGAUAGUGUGACCAAUCCAUGGGAGGGUGAUGUCGAAGGAUGGCGGCUGUGGGGGAGCAGUGGUCAGAAUGUGGACGAUGUGCUGCGUUAUCUGGACUUUGCCGAUGAAUACGGAACGGGUGAGUCCGCCAACGGGGACGCUGAGGCCCGCAUGAAAAUCAUGGAGGCCAUGCUGCGAUGGAGAUGCGCUGUACCCACCGCACCCGAUACCAUCUGGUCAUACCCAUUCCAAACAGAUGACCCGUUCGUCAUGCAAUCAUGCCCGCACAUCUUCUUCGCGGGGAAUCAACCCCAGUUCAAGACUGCAGUGAUAGAAGGCGAUUCGCCGCUGAGACUGAACGGAGGCGACACGGAAAUGACGGAUGCCGACGAGGACAACUCUGGGCCCCGUGUACGACUCUUAUCGAUCCCAUCCUUCUCGAAAACUGGCGAACUGGUGCUGGUAGACGCCGAGACCUUGGAGGUAGAGGUGGUCAAAUUCGGGACAUUUGCCGGUAAAGAGGAUAAGCAGUAA